GUUGGUUUGGUUUCGGUACUUUCUCGUGGUUCUGGUUGGUAUUUGGUUUGGUAUCGGUAUUCCGAUUUUCCGUAAUUGACAUCACUAGUGCUGACACUACUGACACGGGGCCGCCCGCGGGGCUCACACCGGCUCCGGCUGUGAGCCUCCCUCCCGGCGGAGGGGCGCAGCCUCCCCUCCGGGACCGGCGGCCGGCAGGGGCGGGCGGCUGGCGCUGAGUCACCUCCGCCGCCGCCGCCGCUGCUCUGGGCGGCUGCUAGUGCUGACGUCACUGAGCCGCCACCGCCGCCGGCGGGCGGCUGGCGGACCGGCCGGCCGGCCGGCUAUCGCUGCCUCGGUCGAUAGGCGGCGCAGUCGGGAGCAGUGCCGAGCGCAGGGACGAACGCGCGCCGCUGCGCUGCGCUGUGCCGCGCGCCACUGGCGAUCAGCUCGUGCCGGACGGGGAGGGGACCGGACCGUCUCGGAGACGGGCCGCAGCGCUGCUCACCGACGGACGCCACCGAGCCGCUCGCCAUGGAGAUAAAGACGCUGCAGAAGAGCAGCACCUUCAACUCGCUGUCGAGCGGCACGCAGAAGAUCGGCAGCUGGUUCUCGCAGCUGGGCGAACGACGCCGCAAGAGUGUCAUCCGCAAGAGCGUCACACUCAGCGCCGGUCUUGGCGUGGUGUACGAGCACCCCCGCAUCGGCUCCGACGGAGAAUCGGAGGAGGCGAGCGGCACGUCAGACGAGCUCACCAGUCCAGUACACGUCAAACUACGGCAGAGGAGGGACCGGGAACGGCGGCCCAGUGCUAACGAGAUCAACAAACGGCUGUCGCUGCCGGCCGAUCUCCACCUGCCCGAGUCUUUCCUUCAGAAACAGUCGCUCAGUCCGACCCUGGAUGGGAGUCUGACCCGAGCCACCCGACGACAGUCACUCUCAGAGAUCGGCUUCGGCCAGCAGGACACCUACAUCAAACUCGACAAACUCGGAGAGGGUACCUACGCUACUGUCUAUAAGGGCAAGUCGCGACUCAUUCCGAACCGGAUCGUGGCAUUGAAGGAGAUUCGGCUGGAGCACGAGGAGGGCGCGCCCUGCACCGCCAUUCGCGAGAUCUCCCUGCUGAGGAAACUCAAACAUGCCAACAUCGUGACCCUCCACGACGUGUGUAACACCAGUACGUCGAUGACGUUGGUGUUUGAGUUUCUGGAGAAGGAUCUCAAACAGUACAUGGAAGACUGCAAUAACGUACUCAGCCUCAACAACGUCAAGCUGUUUCUGUUCCAGCUGCUCCGCGGCCUCGCCUAUUGCCACCAGUACCGGGUGCUGCACCGCGACCUGAAGCCGCAGAACCUACUCAUCAACCAGCUGGGUGAGCUCAAACUGGCCGACUUUGGCCUGGCGCGCGCCAAGUCGGUGCCCACCAAAACCUACAGCAACGAGGUGGUGACACUGUGGUACCGGCCGCCGGAUGUGCUGCUCGGAUCCACCGUCUACUCGACGCCGAUCGACAUGUGGGGCGUGGGCUGCAUCUUCUUCGAGAUGGCGGCCGGCAGGCCACUCUUCCCCGGCUCCACAGUCAAAGACGAGCUGAUGCUCAUCUUCAAGACACUCGGCACGCCGACCGAGCAGACGUGGCCAGGGGUGACAUCUAUCGACGAGUUUAAGCAGUACAACUUCCCGCCGAGCCGCUCCGAGUCGCUGGCGGAGCGGUGUCCUCGGCUCGGCGGCGACGGCCUGGCGCUGCUGCGACAGUUCCUGCUGUACGAGGUGACGGGACGGAUCGCCGCCGCCGACGCCAUGCGACACCCGUACUUUGGCUCCCUGGGGCCGGCUGUGCUAUCACUACCAGACGAUGUUUCAAUAUUCACGCUGCCGGGCAUCAGUCUGUGCCGGGAGCACGGCCGCGGCGGCAGCAGCGGCGGCCAGUCGCAGUCCGGCGCCAGGCAGCGACGGCAGACGCUCAUGCUCUGAGCCGGCCGCGCCCAGCGCUGCCACGCGGCAAUAUUCCGAACUAGUAGUGUGUGCGCCGGCCGCCGGGCGGCGCGGCUCGUCAUUCCGGCCGGUGAUGCUCGCUCGCGGUGGUCCACUAGUCUCUCAAGGUCCGACCGGUCGUCUUUCAGCCGCGCCGGCCCGCGCCCUGGCUGACCGUCUCCGGCCCACGCGGCAGCGGCGCUGACAGACAGACAGACAGACGGGGCAACACGCCGAGCGAGCGACUGAGAUAGAGAGAACGAGCGAGAGAUAAAGGGAAAUAUUUGUCAAAUCGCGUGGCUGUAACUUCUUUUGCGCGUUCAUAUCUACGUAUAUAAAUAACCUUAUGAUGCGUUCCCAAUGUGCCGUGUCGUGUGUGCGACGUGACUAUGUGUAUUUGCCGGAUCUAGUGACAUAGCCGAAAUCCGGGCGUUCUCUGGCGCUCUUCAGUGGCGCAGAGCCGGCGGGCGGCGCUGACUGACCUGGGGUCCUCACCCCGACCCGGCUCCCCGCCGGGCCGGUCGGACGCGCCCCGGCCGACCCUCCCCGCAGUUGUUUAGUCGUGGGAAGUCUAUUUUUGCAGCGUUCUGCGGACAUUGUGUGGGAACGGCUCGCUGGGUGUUGUUGUGAUGUGCGGUCCCGAGUCCCUUGUCAGAGGCGAAAUGUUCACACACAAACACACACACAUACACACACAUACACAGUGUUGCCCGACCAAAAUCGUCAAUAAAGCUGUUUGUAUA